AUGCUCAUUAAUUCAUCCUCACAUACUCGCUCGAUCACGAAAAUGGGUUCUGAAGCUGCAAUUCAACUUCCGAAAAUCGACUUCUCGCAAAUAAGUAGCGACAAUCUACACGACCUUUCGAUCUGGGAGUCCGUCAAAGCAGACGUUUUCAAAGCUUUCCAAGAGUACGGUUGCUUUGAAGUUUCCUCUUUUGUAUCAAUUGAGCUUCAAGAAACCGUAUACGAUGACUUGAAACAUUUGUUUGAUCUCCCUUUAGAAACCAAACGUCGAAACACAUCCGACAUAGCCUUUCAUGGCUAUGUUCAAUCCCCCAAAGUUCCUCUCUACGAAAGCAUGGGAAUCGGCAAUCCUUUCAUCCCUGAAAACGUUGACAACUUCUCCAAUCUAAUGUGGCCCGAUCAGGACAACCCAAAAUUCCGUGAAAGUAUGAAAUCCUACUCAAAGAAGUUGCGUGAAUUGGAUGAGAUCGUGAAGAAGAUGGUAUUCCAGUGUUUGGAUUUGGAAAGGUACCUAGAAGACCAAAUGAACUCAACAAGUUACCUUCUUAAACUCAUGAAAUAUCGAGCACCGGAGCCAAAUGAAUCAGACAUCGGACUUCAUACUCAUACCGACACAAACAUAAUGACGAUUUUACACCAAGAUGAGAUUGGCGGGUUAGAGAUCCUGACAAAAAACGAUGAGUGGAUACGCGUAAAUGCUGCCCCAAACUCUUUCGUGAUCGUAGCUGGUGAAAGUUUAAACGUUUGGUUGAAUGGUCGAGUGCACGUGCCGUUUCAUAGAGUAGUGAUGACGGGAAAUAUGGCAAGAUACUCUCUUGGAUUCUUUUCGGUCCAAAAAGCUACCAGCCUCGUGAAAGCGUUUGACGAAAUGGUAGAUGAGGAACACCCGUUGCUCUACAAGCCUUUUAAUUAUGGAGAGUUUCUCAAGUUCUUCUACAAAGAGGGGGGCAUUAAGAGCAAGUUCGCCUUAAAGACUUACUGCGGCGUCGAAAAUUAAAAUUUAAAAUAUAUAUAAACCCAUCGCAAUAUAUAUUAUUCCUUUGAUGACUAGCGAGGCCGGACACUUUGUAUCAUAAUGUCACUUUGUUGAUCGCAAUAUACU